UAAUAUUCCAUACAGAUUCUUAUUGUGAUUUCUAUAUUCAACAUGAUUAGAGUAGGUUUGAUCCUGUGUUGUAUCUUCAUUGCUGGAGUGUUUGAAGCCAGUUCUGCUGAUGACAUGCUUACAGCACAUAAUUUGAUUAAAAGAUCUGAAGUUAAACCUCCUUCAUCCUCAGAAUUCAUAGGCUUAAUGGGACGUUCUGAAGAGUUGACACGACGAUUAAUUCAACAUCCUGGUUCUAUGUCUGAAACAAGUAAGAGAGGUCCACCGAAAAAAGUUUCUCGUCGUCCAUAUAUUCUUAAGAAAUGAAUGUUACCAAAAUAUUUCAGAGCCUGGAAAUACUUUUCUUCCAGUUACUAAGAUUUAUAGAAAAGAUUGCAAUGGAGUAUUGCUACUAUAUCUGGAACAGUGCUCCCGUUAGACAUACAGG